GUGAGGCAGGAAGCAGUUUAGGGUAAUUAUUUGACUUUGGUGAAACAGAGGAGAAAUGUGUUCCACGUCUACUACAUGGAAAACUAUUAGAUAGCUUAUUUUUCUGUUCAAGACAGUAAGAAAGACGGAGGACAGAACACACAAGGAUUUCAGCCCAACUCAGCUUUUGAAGGUGAGGACAUGGCAUACACCAAAGCACCUGCCAGUCAUGGUAUCUCCACACACCCUCAGGAACUGGAAUGUGAGGAUCAGCUAGCUACUAUUGAUCUGGAGUGGGAGAUGGAAAAGGAGCUUGAAGAGCCUGGACUGCACAACUUCCAACAAGAGUGUGCAGACUCACAGACCUUGGGCAUCUCAUCCAGUGCUGAAAUGAAUUCAGAGUUUAUCCAGCUAUCGGUGUCUCCUCACGGACGGUUCCAGCGGUUACAGGAGGAUCCCAACUGUGUCUUGCAGUACAGUGGAACUGUUCUCAAUGUGCACAAGCUAAGUUUUACCUGCAUUGUCAAGUAUGUGCUAAUUGGAGCAGGAGCCUUUUUCCUGGGACUGCUCAUUGGUCUACAUGCUAAGCGAACCGAGGAGCUGCGCAUCACAUCCACCAAAAGUACAGAUAUGACAGAAAAGGUUUUACAAAACAUCACUGCAUUCAAGAUCCAGGCAUUAAAAAGGGAUUUCGAGUCCUUAUCGGGACUCGGCGAGGAAGCACGGGUGAAAUAUCUUGCUCGGCGCUGGGAGGAGUUUGGACUGAAGAAUGUCCAGCUGAUCAAUUACACCGUCCUCAUUAGCUCCCCUGGAUCCUUCCCGAAUACCAUCACUGAUUUGGCAAAUAAGCGGUGUUUUCUGCCCAGUGGAGCAAACUGUGACUCAAAUCCCCACAUAACCAUCGACGAGUCCUUUGCGUUUGCAGCCUACUCGACUGUGGGAAGUCUAGAGGCAGAAUUGGUGGACGUACAGUAUGGAGGUUCUGAAGAUCUGAGAUUAAUCCGAACUGAGAUGAACGUGACCAAUAAAAUCGCACUGCUUAAAAUCGGCCCAGUACCUUUGCUCAACACGCUUUCUCUCCUGGCUGAUAUGGGCUUCGGCGCUUGUCUCAUCUACGUGGAUCCCUGUGACGUCCCUGAGGAUCAGCCAUUACUGCAGAAGGCAUUCGGGGUGACGUUAAACCCAGGAGGGGACCCAUCAACCCCAGACUACCCCAGCACAGAUGGCAGUUUCAGGGAAGAUCGUCGCAAUUUGACGUCUCUGUUGGUGCAGCCAAUAUCAACCGAGCUAGCCAAAGAGUUGCUCUCUGCACCUGGUGUCCGACAUAGCCAACCUUGCAUUCCUAUGAAAAUGGCAUCAGGCUCAGGACAGAGGAUUAUAAAGCUUAGCAUUGGAUCUCAAACGUCAUACAGAAGAGUAUUUAAUGCCAUUGGCUACCUGAGAGGAAACAUUAAUCCAGAUAGAUAUGUCCUUGUUGGCUCUCGUCACAGUAGCUGGUAUGAGGGCGGCCUUGCAGACUGGAGUAGUGGCGCUGCAGUCAUCUCUCAAAUCAUCGCCUCCCUAACAGCCAAGACCCAUGCACACUGGCAGCCGGACCGUACCAUUGUCUUCUGCUCAAUGGGAGGUUCUGCCCUUGGCAAUAUCGGCUCCUUUGAAUGGGGAGAGGCAAACAAGGUAGUUUUGGAGAACACAGUUGUGGCCUAUGUCAGCCUCCAUAAUCCAGUUAGAGCAUAUGGACCACAAUCUACAGCAUCACCAUCUUUGCUGCAACUGGCUUCGGACAUCCAUAAGAAACAUUUAAAAAGUUGCCUUCAUGCUGAAGGCUGCUCUGGCCUGAACAUCAGCUCUCUGCAGUCUCCUGUGGUCAUGGACUUUUUCACCAGUCAGCUUGCUGCUCCACUGGUGGAGUUUGCAUCCUCAGCCAAUCCAGUUGAGAGUGCUCGCUUCCUCUCUGAGGCUUUUUUCCCCUUCGAGUCGUCGUUAGCAGAGACCUUGGAUCCCACCUACAGACUUCACGAGACAGUUGCAAAGAUGACUGCAGAGGCCAUCCUGCGACUUGCUACCGAUCCUGUGCUUCCCUUCUUGCCCUUGGAUAUAGCACUGGACAUUCAAAAUAAACUCAAAGAUGACCCAUUAACCAGACCUGAUCUUCUGGCUGCUGCUGCAUCCUUGCGAGACAAUUCUGGCUUUUUCCAGUCAGAUAUUAUGCGCCCAGCCAACGACCCAGAGGAGCGCGAACCUUCCCAUGUGCGCAUGCUGAACGACAUACUGCGAGACCUGGAGAAAAGCUUUCUCAUUUCAGACCCGCCUCAGGGCUUUUCACGGAACAUUCUCUAUGGACUGAAUACAAAAUCUCAAGGCUUUGCCAUCUUGAAGUCCUCUGCAGAAGAUUUUACACACAACAGCGUGAAUCGGUCUUUGUCCCAGGUGUUCAGCUCCAUCUGUUCAGCUGAUAAGCUCAUCCAAAGUGGUCUCCAGCUUUUUGAGAAUGAUCCUAACGGUUCACUUUGAAACAAUCACCGCAAAAUGGUGCAAGGCCAGAACCAGACUUCAUUAGGCAUGAAAGACACGUUUGAUAAUGGAGUAUGCGGAGGACACUUCUCUAUCAUGGAUGGUACAUGUGACUGAUUUCACAUGCAUUUUCAAAGGAAUCAGAUAUUUAAAGCUACUUGUGAUUGAGAGAUUUUAUGAGAUAUUCUAAGGGGUUCAGAUACAUUAUAUUGCCAAAUGUUUUGGAAUAAUUUCCACAGCCACAUGUGUGUAAAAAUCAAUCACCCAGGCAUGCAGACUUCUUCUACAAACAUGUGUGAAUGAAUGGGUCACUCUCAGGAGCUCAGUGAAUUCAAGCAUCUUACAAUGGUAGGUUGCCAUCUAUGCAGUAAGUUUAUUCAUGAAUUUCCUCACUAUUAAAUAUUCCAUUGUCAGCUGUUAUAUAAUAUAAAAUAUUCCAUUGUCAGCUGUUGGCAUUAUAACAGUAGAAGUAAAAGUAGAAGCAAUUGGGCGCAACAGCAACUCAGCCACAAUAUGGUAGGUCAAGUAAAAUCACCACCAGCACCAACUUUUUCAAUCAAUAGCUACCGACCUCCAAACUUCAAGUGGCCUAUUUGCUCAAGUACAGUGCAUAGAAAGCUUCACCCUUUCAUGGGUUUCUCAUGGCCAAGCAGCUGCAUCCAUGCCUUACAUCACCAAGUGCAAUGCAAAGCGUCUGAUGCAGUGUUGCAAAGCAGGCCACCACUGGACUCAAAGCAGUGGAGACGUGUUUUCUGUAGUGACAAAUCACGCAUCUCUGUCUGGCAAUCCGAUGGAUGAGUCUAGGUUUGGUUGUUGCCAGGACAACAGUCCUUGUCUGACUGCAUUGUGCCAAGUGUUGGACUCGGCCCCUUACAAUAGUUCCAUUGAAAGUGCUUCAGCGUAUUAAGACAUUUUGGACAAUUUCAUGCUCCCAAAUUUGUGGGAAAGGUUUGCCGAUGGCCCCUUCCUGUUCCAACAUGACUGCCCACUAGUAUACAAAAUCAAGGUUCAUUAAGACAUGGAUGAGGGAGGUUGGACACAAAUUCCCAUAAAUCGUCAAAAAUACCGAUAAACACACUCCUAAGUCUCCUAAAGCUUACCCAGAAGAGUUUAAGCUGUUAUAACUGCCAAGUGUGGGCCAGCUCAAUAUUAAGCCCUACGGAUUAAGAAUGGGAUGUCAUUAAAGUUCAUGUGCAUGUAAAGGCAGAUGUCCCAAAACAUUUGGCAAUAUAGUGUGUUUCUCACCAAUAUCAUGGCAUAUGUACAGAAAAACCCUACUGAUGAAUCUAUAAAGAAGGUAAAGCUGUCCCAAAGGCCUAAAUAAGGCACGCCAUAAUGGAUCAGAAUCAAAUUAUAUUUUCUUCUCUCAAGAGUUUUACCUUUUAUUUUUAUACAAGUUAUUUUAAAAGAUACCAGAAUUUUGUCUUCAGAGUGUCUUAGCAUUUUUAAACUCAGGGAAGGUGGAAGGAAAAUAUAUAUAUAUAUAUGUAUAAAUUAAUUAAAGUAUUUUGUUUAUUCAAUUUUAUAAUUUAUUACACCAGUAAUGCACUAAUUUUUAUAAGGCACAAUUUCAAUAAUGCUAUUUUAAAAACAAGAGCUUACUGGCCAUUAGGAAAAUUUCUUCUUCUUUCUUUUGACUUAACUAAGAUGUGUGCUUUGUAAGAAUGAUAGAUUUUAUUGUUUGUCUCUCAGAAAAUUUUCUGAGCUGCUAAAUGGGAAACUCCAAAAUAUAACUAGCUAGCAAAAUUGGUACAUGUUGAGACUGUCCUUUUAUACAACAAUGCACAACCAAGCAUAAUAUUAGCUAGGAAGGCCUUUCUUUUUUCUUUUUUUUUUUUACACAUAACCUCUAUCAUUUUUUUUAUUUACUGUAUAAUGUAUUGUAUAAUAGAAGUAUGCUGUAUAAUUUCACACUGUGGUUCUCAGAAAUGGGAGAACCAAUUUGACAAAAUCUUCUUUAAUUUUGAGCCCUGUAUUAGAUUCAUGUAACAAAAGCAUUCAUUUGGCACUUUCAUUUAUAUACAGCCACUUUAAAGCAUAUUUACAGAGUGAUUUUUUUUUUCUUCAAGUCAAACGGGUCAUAACAGGUCUUGACAGUGUUAGUGUAACGAUUUGAACUCAUAAAACAGCUUAUGCUCAUUCACAUUAUUUACAGGUUCACUAAAAAUGGGCAGAAUACGAUUGGAAAGAGACCAUACAAAUUUUUCAGUCUUCAGUUCUCCAGUAUAAGUGAAUCCACUGUAGCCUCAGUUCCUGGUUUUGGCCGACAGGAGUGAAAUCUGAUAUGUUGUGCAUUUUGACACUCAUUUCUGCACACUAUACUUGGCUAUUUGUGUUAAUGUAGCCAUCCUGUCAGCUCGAACCCAUCUGGGCAUCCAACUCUGACCUCUUUCAUCAACAAGCCAUUUCUGAAACACAGUACUGCCACUCACUGGAUGCUUUUGCCGUUCAUUGGAUAUUAUUUCCACCCUUUUGUGUAAACUGAAAAGAGACUGAAAAAUCCUGUCUGAGAUCAGCAGCCCUUCCAUACAAGACAGCCGUGCUACAGUUACAGUCACUAAGAUUACAUUUUCCUCCAUUCUGACGUUUCAUGUAACAUUAUCUGGUUAUUGGCCUGUAUCUACAUGAUUUUAUGCAUCAUGGUGCUGCAUUGCAUAACUUUCUCAACUUUGCCACGUCACUGGACAUGCUCACAUCCAGUAUUCACCAACAGUUUAUGUCACUCACGUUGCCAGAAUUUGCCAGGUCUCAAUGAAAAAAAAUCUCGUGUCAUUGCAAGUCACUGUAUUACUGAAAAUGUCAGAAGACAUCAAUUUCUGCAUUAUGUGAAAGAAAACACCAUAGGUAAGAACCGUUGUACAUGCAAUGCACAUACAAUUUCUUCUUUUGGAGCAGUGUAAUACGUCUGGGGCAGUUCAGAGUAAAUAAAUCACAAUUACAAAGGGUUUCAUUAUUAGCUAUGAAUCAUGUAUCGAUGUUUCUAUAAAUAAAUAACUUAUUUUAUUGUUGUCAGCAUUUGCACUAUUGUUAUGUUUCAAUAAGAAUUUCCAUCUAUCAGCUAUUGUUUUUUUUUUGUUUGUUUGUUUUGGAUGAAUCUUUGAUUAAUAGGUUAUUUAGGAAUGCUUCAGGGAAUUAGUUUGGCCAUGAACUUUACAUUAUUGAAGUGCUUUAAAUGAAAUGCUUACAGUAUAUAUACACAGAUCAGGCAUGACAUUAUAACACCUGACAGGUGAAGUACAGUAUACACAUCUCUUUAUUAUGUCAAUUGUUAGUGAGUGGGAUAUAUUAGGCAGCAAGUGAACAUUUUAUCCUUAAAUUUGAUAUGUUAGAACAGGAAAAAUAGGCAAGCGAAAGGAUUUGAGAGAGUUUGACAAAGGUCAAAUUGUGAUGGCUAGCAACUGGGUCAGAGCAUCUCCAAAACCGCAUCUCUUGUGGGGUGUGACGGCUGGCCUGUGUGGUCCUGUCCAAGAGACGAGCUACUGUAGCUUAAAUUGCUGAAGAAGUUAAUUCUGAUUCUGAUGGAAAGGUGUCAGAAUGCACAGAGUAUCACAGUUUGUUGCUUAUGGGGCUGCAUACCCGCAGAGUUCCAAUGCUGGCCCCUGUCCACUGCCAAAAGUGCCAACAAUGGGCAUGUGAGCACGUGGGCUGGGCACGUUUGUGUUGCUCACCUGGGGAACCAUGGCAACAGGAUGCACUAUGGAAAGAAGGCGAGCCAGAUGAGGCAGUGCGAUGCUUUGGGCAAUGUUCUGUUGGGAAACCUUGGGUCCUGCCAUCUAUGUGGAUGUUACUUUGACACGUACCACCUACCUAAGCAUUAUUGCAGACCAUGCACACCCUUUCAGGUAUUCCCUGAUGCCUGUGGCCUCUUUCAGCAGGAUAAUGUGCCCUGCCACAAAGCAAAAAUGGUUCAGGAAUGGUUUGAGAAGCACAAAAAAAAGCUCAAUCCAAUCGAGCAUCUCGGUGAUGUGCUGAACAAACAUGUCACAUCUAUUUAGGCCCCACCUCGCAACUUACAGGACUUAAAGAAUCUGUAGCUAAUAUCUUUGUGCAAAAUACCACAGCAAACCUUCAGGGGUCUAGUGGAGUCCAUGCAGGGCUGUUUUGGCAGCAGAAAGGGGUCCAAAAUAAUAUUAAAAAGGGGGUCAUAAUGUUAUGCCAGAUCGGUGAUGCAAAAAUAUCAACAAUGUAUACUUAUUUUUUCUGCUGGCUUCUAUGAGCUGUACCCUGUACCGUUUUCCAAUUCGGAAAUAUUUAUUAGUAAAACAAAACAAACCUGUAUUACUUGAAACAGUACUCUCUACUUUUUUUGCAGCAAGCACACUGGAUAUAUCUGGUUACAUGAUUAGGUCAAAGGAAAUGUGUUUUUGCAAACAUGCAAUUAUGCUUCAUUUGAACAGUAUGUAAUAAAUUUGGUAAAUACUGUGUGCUGUAAGUAAUAAAUGAUCAAACUUGCACUAAGAUAGUAAGAAGUAAACUGGCAGUUUGUUAUUUUGCCCUUGGCCAUUUUUUCUCCAGCAUGUACAUACUGUGCAGAAGGAAUAAUUAUAUGUACUUGGUGUUUGAGUUCCUGUUGGCUGUUUAUUAAAAUG